AUGUCGUCCGACGUCCACGCGCGUCCGAUCGUCGUCGAGGACGCGGUGGAGGCUGAAACGCACGACGAAUCGACGGAGAAGAAACACACGAUGCGCGAGGCGAACGACGACGACGACGCGUCGACGCGCGCGAACGGGGAAGCGCAGACGCAGAGGGGCGGAGAAACAGGUGUGACGUCGUCGAAGGCGUCGCGGACGCGGGAGGCUAUCGAGAGAAGGUUCAAGACGACCUGGGGCGCGGUGCCGCUCCUGCGGGCGACGCGCGCGAACGCGAGCGCGCAGGCGGCGGACGACGAGGUGGAGGAGGCGAUGCGGCGGGCGAUGGGGAACGAAUCGAGCGUGCCGAUGCCUGGUGGGGGUAGUGCGCGGAGUGAAGAUUCGAGCUCGGGUCUCAGUGGCGCUCGAGGGCGAGGAUCCGAGCUCGCGCGAGAGCACUGGGACGAGUUGAGAGCGCUGGAGCGGCAGUUGAGUAACGCGCGAGCGGCGUUCUCGAGCGAAGACGAUGACGGUUUCGGCUACGCCCGGGAUUUUGAGGUCUUGAGGGAAUGGAACGGGAACGUCCUGGAGCUCGCGGCGCCGAAACCGACGCUUAAGAAUCCCACGGAUGGGUUGACGGAGACGCAGUAUAAGAAGCUACUCGGGACGUCGCAGUGGAUCCGAGGCGUGCUCGAGGGGGCGACUCGGAUAUUUUUACUCAGCGUCGAGGCGAUGCCGACGCCGUCGGUAUGGCAGGCGUCCGUAGAACUGAAUGCAAAGGAGAUUAUAGGGGCGAGAUUGUACGGUGAGCUCAACGUGGGAAACGCGUUUAACGCCGAGGCGUUGGCGGAUCGCGAGGCGUUUGGGGGAACGGACUCAAUCGAAGACGACGCGGUCAAGGGGAACGUCGAGGUGUUACAGAUGCUAGAUGACCUCGAGAAAGCUGAGGCGGUGUGGCAGUCCAAGCUCAAGGAGCAGCAAACGAUCGAUUCACUGCAAACGAUUCAGUGGGGGAGUCACAGCUCCCGAGCAAAGGAGUUACAGCGCAAGCUCCGAAACUCGAGUGCGUAUCGGCGUGUUUUGUACGCCCGAUAUCCCAACGCCGGCCUCACGUCGUUACAACAGAUGAAGAUCACUCGAAAUGACGACGUCGCGCUCGUCGCGCUGUCGACAUACGCUGACGAUCUGGUCCGCGUCGCCGCGGCGCUUCGCGCGAGAGCGCUCGACGUCUUCGACGCGCAUCACGCGUGCAAGGGCGAGCCCAACCCCCACCGCCGACGGCCGCGAGCCCCGAGCGUGGUCGAAUACGUCUCUAUGGGUCUUGGCUACACUUCGGCUGUGAUGUACGACCUUCGUAAAUCCCUCGAGGCGUCCUACGACGAUGCCUGGCAGUUUGUCGGCAUCACCCGCCGCGGAUGCACUUCCACGCCCACCGCGGCACCUGCCGACCGAUCCCCUGCCGCCAUACACUACGUCUCCGACGUCGACACCGACUCCGAGGACGAGUUCCCAUCGUCGCCCUAG